CUUCCUCAACUCGAGACAUCCGGCCAUUCAAUUCACGAUUGAGCGAUCAGACCAGGACGGGACGCUGCCAUACCUGGACACACUGAUAAGCGUGCGACAGGACGGCUCGUACAGCACGGAGCUGUAUUUCAAGCCCAUGGCGGCACCGAUCAUUCUGCCGUAUGACUCGGCACAUGCCAGGUCUACAAAGAAGGCUGUGCUCACAUCACAGAUCACUAGGGCGAUCCGUCUUGGCUCAGACACAGCGGCAAGAAAAAGAGGGCUCGAGAAGAUACGUCAUCUGUUUGUCAGUAAUGGAUAUCCGAUGAAGAUGAUCAAGGAGUACAGUUGGAGGGAAAUGAAGAAACAUGAAGAGAGAAGCAGAGACAGAGGAAGAGAACGACGGGAACGGCCAGAUCAGCGACAACAGAACAAGAAGAAGCAAGGCACAUAUAUCCGACUGCCCUUCGUUAAUGACAAGGUGGCUGCUCAGGUGAAGAAGGUUGCAAUCAACUCUGGAUUACCAGUGGAGAUAGCAUGGACCACCAACAACACCCUGAAGAAACGACUGGUCAAGACACGACUGAACCCAGCCCCCUGCCCCUCGGGACGAAGGUGCUGUCAUUCAUGCCAGGCGGGGCUACAGUCCAAGUGCACGACCAAAAACGUGGUAUAUGAACUUACCUGCAGUCACUGCGGCGACACCUACAUCGGAGAAACGAGCAGGCCAGUUAGACUCCGCUACAACGAGCAUCGGAGGAACGGCAUUAACAGAGAAGAGGACACUCCCCUAGGAGAGCAUGCGCUGCAUAAGCACCCUGAGAUGGAUCGACGCGACAUCUCGGCGACGGCCAAAAUCCUGCGUGUAUGCAAAGACGAAGCGGAUAGAAGAAUCGCUGAAUCCAUCUUCAUCCGAGACGCCAGGCCCAAAAUUAACGAUAACACUACAUCAUGGCAGCUUCUUCCAAAAUAAUGUAUAUAAAUGUGUGUGAAUUGGUUCUUGAAAGAUACCUAUAUAUGUACUGCUAGUUUAACUGGGGAAUUAUGUUUAGAUAUAUUUUUAAGGUAGGAACUAGGGUGAUCAAUUUGCACGGGAUCUGUGUAUUUAAAUUUCUUACUGCGACAUUACUGAAGAACUUGAGACGAAUUCGACAUUGUGUGCCUGUUAUGUGUGUAAAUAAUUACAAUCGACCGACGAAGAGCUGUGCUCGAAAUAUCUCGAUUUUUAAUACAGUAAUUUAUUUUUGCAAUUUCAUAUUUCCAUACAGAAGUGAGGAUAAGGUCAGCCGGAUGCGCAUACUUCUCAUGAUGAUUUUCCUCAGAACGCUUAACCACUUACAAUUCUGAUUUUAAAUCAAUUAGCGAAAAAUACUAACUUAUUUUUUGGUGCCAAGACAUUGGCAUCGUUUUUUCAGGGUCCAACCCCAAUGCUCGUUCAUUUUAAAACGGAAAGUGAUGUAACAAUUAACAACACAUGAACUGAGCAUCCACCAUCUUCACACAACUAUAUAGCCGCCAAGAUCAAGCAAAAACGGAUAUCGAUAUGGACUCUGGUCGUGGUCAUGUCAUGACAGGCACAGGCCACAGUGACAGGCAAUUUUUGCAAGAAGAGUCCGGGGAGCGCCGGCGGACGGCGCGGCCAGGUGUGCCAGGUGUGUGUUCUGCCGGCCGCUGUCGUCGCUGCGCGCCGCUGCCGACCGGUGACCGGGCCAUGCCGCUGCGCCUAGUGCUGCGCUACCUGGCCAGUGAUCGCGUGGUGGAGCGGCUGAGCCACUGGUGGCCGGUACGCUGGGCGGCGCGGCGCGUCGCCGACGGCCUGGUCCGCUCUGUGCGCGCCGCAGAACAGGUGGCGCGCUCCGAGGCCGCCCAAAGCGCCCGGCGCAGGUCGGCCAGCUUCCGGGCCACGUUCAGUGAGGAGCUGCGCAGGGGUUUCGAAGAGAUGAACAGGCGGAAUAAGACAUAGUGCUCGCGAUUGAGGACAGAAUGUAUGUUGUGUCCGGCGAUAGAGCUGCCUAUAUUUUUGGCUGCGCAGUAUAGACUCGCCGCAGAAUAGCCUCGCCGCAGUAUAGCCUCGCCGCAGUAUAGACUCACCGCAGUAUAGACUCUCCGCUGUCGAGACUCGCUGGUGGUGUGAACUAGGUCGGCAACGUGUUUCCUGUGGUAAACUUCCCUACAGGUAUUGCCAAUGAAAGUGAGGGUAGCUCAAACCCCUGAGUCAUUCAGGGGUUUAGAUGUUAAACACUAUAAAAGAUAGAAAGAUUGAUCGGCCCAUGGUCAGUGGAGCGAUUGUUGACCUGCUGCUGCCUCCGUCAGGCCUGCUGUGCGUCUGCUGGCUGCAAGUGUAUAGUGACCGUAUGGAAUAAAAUUGAGGAAUGUU